AUGGCUGAGGAGAUGGUGGUUUGCGAUGGGGUGAGGCGUUUGGGGUUGGCUAUGGGGUGUGAUGGCUCUGUUUCAGAGAUGGGUUCGGGUUUCCAGAGAUGGGUUGUGCGAUGGGGUUUGGUGGUUUGCAAAGAUGAGGAGAGAAUUUUCGAUGGGGUGGGGCUUGAUAUCAAAUGGGGUGGGUUUGAUUUAAGAUGGGGUGUGUCUGAAAGGAAAGAGGGUUUUCGAUGGGUAGUGUACGAUAUGGGAUGA